AUGGACUUAUAUCACUAUCUCUUUAAAUUCAUAAUUGUUGGAGAUACAAGUAAUAAACAUAAUACUUAAAUAUUAAAGGUGUAGGAAAGAGUUGUCUUCUACUUAAUUACACAGAAGGGAAAUUUAAAGAGGAACAUGAUGCUACUAUUGGUGUAGAAUUUGGAUCUUAAGCAUUCAAACAUAAGAAUAAACAAUUUAAAAUAUAAAUUUGGGAUACAGUAUUAUAUUAUAAUUAAAGUUAGGCUGGUUAAGAAUCUUUUAGAUCAAUUACUCGUUCAUAUUACAAGGGGUUUGUUAUAUUAUAAUUUAUUAUAGUUCAAUAGGGGUUUUACUUGUUUUUGAUAUUACAAAUCGAUAGUCAUUCCAUAAUAUUGUUAGAUGGUAUAAUGAAAUAUUGGAUUGUGCUCAUGAAUCAGUAGAUAUAGUAAUUGUUGGCAAUAAAAUUGAUUUGGAGAGCGAGUAAAUAAAUAAUAUAAAUAGACGCUAAGUUUCAGCAGAUGAGGGGAAACAAUUUGCAGAAUAAUAUAGAAUACAUUAUAUUGAAACUUCAGCUAAAACAGGAUAAUUUGUAGAUUCAGUGUUUUAAUAAAUGGCAAUGCGAAUCUAUGAUAAGAUAGAAAAUAAAUUAAUAGAUUAGAAUAAUGAAAAUUUAGGUAUUAAAUUAGGCACAUUUUACAGAAAUGAUGAAGAAGAUGAUAAAGAAUUAUAAACAAGUUUAGGAUAAAAGAAGAAAAAAAAGAAUGAUGAUUGUUGUUGA